GCGCCCAGAGGCCUCGCCUGGCGCAGGGGCUGGGCCUGGCUGCAGCCGCUUCUGCCCAGGCACGCCCCGCUGAGCCGGGGCCCGCUGGUCGUACCACGCCGCAGUCACGGGAAAGGGGCGCGGCGCUGCCGGGAGCGUGUAGCCCAGCCCCAUGGAUCUCAACUUGCGCUUCUGGAGCGUGGAGGGCAAAUCUUUUUUCCAAAGAUAUCUUCACUGGUUAGAUAUUUUAGACCCUACACACUUACUGAAGUCUAAAAAUGACAUAGAAGACUCCAGAUUACUCUUAGAAACCAAUCCUCAAACUCUUCAAGAGCCUUUACGGAACAAACAGGUAAAACAAGCCUGGAUGCUAAGUCUGUCCUCUGUGCAAUCUGGUACUGGCGAGAUAAUUCCUUUUGCGUUUAGACCACCAGCUUUCCUCCCCAUAGUCACCCCACUGCUUUUUACUAGCUUACUGCCACACAGAGAAGCAAAGCACAUGUUUAUUUGGCAGUUCCUGUUUUACGCAUACACUGCUGGAUUCACCAUAGCAAAUGGAAAUGCUACAGCUAAAGCUGAAGACAUUCCAUUGCCACAAAAGCAACUCCUUUUGUGCACAGGAACCGUUUUUUAUGCAGCGAGUGUGGGAACAUUCCCUACCUUUGCCAUGAAACGAUAUGGACUGAAUAGUCCUACUGUGAAAACGUUCUACAGAAGAAUUUUGCCCAUUCCACUGGUUGCUGGCCUGAGUGCAUUUAAUGUGAUGAUUCCCCGAGGAGUUGAGUUUGAGAAUGGAAUCGAAGUGAUGGACAAGAAUGGCAAUGUCAUCGGAGUGUCACAAAAAGCUGGGAUGAAGGCAGUACGAGAAACAGCUUUAUCAAGAGCAGCCUUGUUUGGGACAGCAAUACUUAUUCCGGAUUCUCUUUUAUACUUCAUAAAACGCACACACUACUUAGUCAGAAAUCCGCAAGCGUUGCCUGGAAUGAGAAUGAUUCUGACUUUUUUAGUAUUGGGCAUGAUGCUACCGGUUUCAUUUAGCAUAUUCCCACAGUUGGGAAAGAUAAAUCGAGAUGAUCUUGAAACAGAGAUUUUGUCAUCUACAGAAGAAACUGAGCUUUUUUACAACAGGGGGUUUUAGGGAAUGGCUUUAACUUAUUAUAAGUGUGCUUUUGUUCACACUGAAUUUCUAGGUCCAUACAAAACUUCAAACCGAAAGUAAUGUGUAUAGUGCAUUUUGAAUAAUGAAGUCAUAGGUGAUGUGAGGGUAGGACUUUGAACUGGGCUUGGAACAGUAUGUUUUUAAAUGGGCAGACUAAUCUAAGCCAACUGCAGGAUUCCCCCAUACAAUCCAGUGUGUGAACGCAACUUAAUAAUGUCUAUACUUUAGAUGUGAUUAACUCCAGAAAGAGAAAAAUAUUGUAUUACUAUACCCAUCAGAAACAUCCAUGAUUCUGUACUUCCUCCCAUAACAAUGUGGUAGAUUUCCUACUUAUUAAAACCUAUAACUGCA